AUGAAAGUGGAAAAUAACCUAUUUAUUGUUUCUGGUGGAGCAAGUGGUUUAGGAAGACAAACAGUUUGCUCACUGGUGAACAAAGGAGCUUAUGUUGGAAUCAUCGAUAUUAAUGCUGAAGCAUCAUUAGCUUUAGUUGAACAAUUAGAUGAGAAAUACGUCCAUUUUCCGGGAUCAGUAGAUGUUACCUCAGAAGAGCAAGUUGAACAGGCUAUACAGGAAAUCAAAAUCAAGUUUCAAAUCAUCCCGUUGGUUGGUGCUGUAUUGUGUAGUGGCGUACUGAUGCCACCAUCUCAUAUAGAAGGGUAUGGCCCAAAGUCCCAACUUACUAGUUAUCAACAAUUCAAGCAUAUUGUUGACAUUAAUUUAUUGGGUACCUACAAUGUGAUACAAAAGAUCUCGAACAUACUUAUCCAAAAUCAGCCCUUGAACGAAGAUGGUGAAAGAGGAGUGAUCAUCACUGUAUCAUCAAUUACUGGAUUAGAUGGUUCACUUGUUGGUUACGGUACAUCAAAAGCUGGUAUAGCUGGAUUAACCUUACCUCUAGCGCGUGAGUUGGCAAUAUUUGGUAUUCGCUCCAUGUGUAUCGCUCCAGGUCCAUUUGAAACACCUAUCUCGACUACUGCUGGUGAUAUGAAAGCACCCCCUUGCCUCUUCCCUUCUAGACAUGGUCAUCCUACAGAAUUUGCCGAUACUGUCAUUCAUUUGAUUACUAGUUCGAUGUUGAAUGGUUCGAUUAUUCGACUAGAUGGUGGACUACGUAUAUAGUGACUUGCAUUCGAUAGAUCACGAAGAAGAAUGAUAAUAAAUGAGUUCAGAAUCGAUAGAUAUGUUUUUAAUUUAUG